GAGCUUUGUGUUGAACAUCCCUAAGGGAUCAUCUUGACACGCCUCCCUCAUCUCUUUUGUCAACCAUACACUCUUCAAGGAAUAUAUCCCCCAUGCCAAGCUCUUCUCAAAACAUGUUUCAAGGGGAAUUAGCUGCUGCCCAGGAGACACUAAAGAAGGAAGUUGAGCUUGUGAUGAAACAAAUCAAGGAGAUCACUAAUUCAGUGGAGAUUCCCAUGUUUGAGGGAAGAAACGACCCGGAGAAGUUCUCAAAGUGGCUAGCAAAAGUUGAAGACGUCUUUACACUCAAAGAUGUGCCUGAAGACAAGAAGGUCAAGCUAGUGGCGGCAAAGUUUCAAAUACAUGCCUCUACUUGGUGGGCUAGCGUUGCUUCAAAACGAAAGCUCCAAGGAAAAGCGAAGCCCUCCUCUCAAACUACUGAAACAAUGCAGCCCACUUCCCCAAAAAAUGUUUGGGACAAAUAUGAUGACGAGGACUAUGAUCCCAUUUGGGAUGAAGAGUGUGUCAAAGAGGAUGAAGAAGUGUUUGCGGACGCAGAGGAUAACCCAUUUUGGGUUAUAAAGAUAAAAGAAGAAGAGCAAGAAAAGAAGACCCACGAAGGAGUCGUUACUCCUGACGCGGAAACCUCCGCUCGAGACCUAUCUUUGUUAACCGUACUUCGUACCAAACGUGUUGAGUUUUUGCAGGCCUCGUAUGAAAAGAAGGUUGAGAAGGGUCAUAACUCAAAAUGGUCCAUUCAGCCCGACGACCUAGUAUGGGUUCACGUUCAUAAGGCGCGUUUAUUCAAUAAGCGCAAGUCAAAGCUACAACCCCAAGACGAUGGUCCGUUUGAAGUGUUGGCAAAGGUUCACAAAAAUUCCUACCUGGUCAAUCUUACACGAGGCCAAGAAGUUGCUGCCACGUUUCAUCGAAGAGAUCUUAGCCCGUACGAGGAUUUUGAAGAUCUUCCGAGUUUGAGGACAAACUCUUUUGAAGACUGGGAGGAUGUUAUACCUGAGCCUGGCCCUAUCAUACCCUCCCCCAUGUCCUACACCCUAGCAAAAAUCAGAGGACUUAAGUUCAAGCAUUAUGAUCCGUUUUAGUGAGAAUUCCGAGUCCUUCAACCCAAGAGGCCAGGAUAGCUUCGGACCUGAGGGUUCCACAGGCCAACCCCCACUCCUUCCAACCCAACCAAAAAUAUCCAAAACUCCUUGCCAUUUACUUCAUUUCAAAAUAAAGUUUUUUUUCCUACUCUUAUUUAAGCCCCUGGCCAAAAAUAAGGUUGUGUGAAAUAAAACCUUUUGUUUGUUGUUAUUUUUCUACUUUUAAGCCUUUUGUUCAACAAAUUAAACCCACCCUC